GCCCCAUCAUCAUCAACAACAACAUCUACCCGUGGAUCCUGCUCACGAUUAUCUACGCAUAUAUAAUCGGUUUCCCACGACUCUCUGCUUGCAAGACUACACACAAAAUGCACCACCUAGACCCCCAUGAACGCCCUCCAGAUAGCAUACGAAGCGUAUACAAAAAGUACCAAAAAAUGAAAGCAAAAGACAUAGAUCUAGAUGGCGAGAUCAUCGACCUCUCAAGCGACGCCUCCGCGUCAUCAAACCCCAAAGUGCGCGUAGUAAAAGAAUACACCGCAGAAGACCUGACCGCCAUUUUCAAGUCUUUCGCCGGUGAAGACGGGGAACAACUGCAAGCCACGGAUCUGCCAAGAUCAAUACCCGUUUACGAGCACGAAGAUCUUCCAGGCCUCCACAUAACCCCCUCCCUCCUCCCCCUCUCUGUACAAUCCACUCUCCUAUCAACCCUCCUCCACCGCUCCCUCUCCUCCCCCUCGCACCUAACAAACAUACACACCCACUACACCCUCUCCUACCCCUCCUCCUACUCCUCUUUCUUCUCCCUCUCCCCCUCCUCCCCUGUCCCCAUCGCCCACCCCAUCGACCCCACCAUCCACAAACCCCUCAGCAUAUCCCAAAUUUUGAACAAGAAACUGCGCUGGACAACGCUAGGCGGUCAGUACGAUUGGACCUUGAAACGCUACCCCUCCACUCCUCCACCGCCAUUCCCUCCUGAUGUAAAAGAGCUAUUAGAAGGACUGUAUCCCGCAACGAAAGCAGAAGCCGCAAUCGUGAACCUGUAUUCACCAGGAGAUACAUUGAGUGUGCAUCGCGAUGUCGCAGAAACCAGUAACACAGGACUCAUCAGCGUGAGUCUGGGGUGCGAUGCGAUUUUCGUCUUGGGGACUACAGUGACGACAGAAGAGGAGGGAGAAGAGAGGAUAGAGGAGAAAAUCGUAACGUUAAGACUGAGGUCAGGAAGUGCGGUGUAUAUGAGUGGGGAGUCGAGGUUUGCGUGGCAUGGGGUUCCGCAAAUAGUAGCGGGGACGUGUCCGGAGGGUUUGAGAGAUUGGCCUGCUGCAGCAGAAGGAGGAGGAAGAGGGGAAGAUACUGGAGGAGGAGAGUAUGAAGCGUGGAGGGGGUGGAUGGCGAAUAAACGGGUGAAUUUGAAUGUGAGGCAGAUGUGGGAUUAA